AUGUCGAUUCCUGCUCGUCGCUCAGCGCGUGAGCGUAAGCGCAACCCUAAAUACGCCACAGUUGCAUGGGAUAAAGAUACCAUAAGGACUCUGAGAGCAUCAUCAGAAUCAUCUGGAUCAAGUCCAGAACAAGACUUCGUUGCAGAGGAAGGCGACAGCGCGGAGAUCAUUCAAGAGAAUGACCAUUUUGCAGUGUCGGAGGAUGACGCCUUCUCCACAAGGUCUGCAUCCUCACAAACUUCCGAGGCGGCGGUUUCUAAUGAAGAUUUCGACAAUGACGAUGACCACAACAGCAGCGGCGAUGACGAUGAGCACAACACCCAAAUCAAAAGUCGAUCGAAACCCCCACGAACGCGUGCGACGGACCCACUGAUCACGAAUGAUAAUGCUAGCACGGCUCAUUCCAGAGGAGUGGCGCGCGAUAUUCCAAAGUCCGCUCCGAAAGAAAGCGUGUACCACGACACAUAUGGCCCCUGUAUGGAUGAUCUUGCACAUGUUCUUCAAGCAAGAGAUACGUGGCUGAAAGGACGGGAUAUCACCAUUCCUAGCCGAAAGACAUUGUCGGAAGCGGCGCGGUUUUCCGCCCAGAAUUCCGACUUGUCAUCGUCGGAUGUAGAGGCACCGUUCCUCGAUGACCAUAUUUUCAAGUCCCUCACAGACAGGCAGAGCUUACAAAACAUCAGCAAUGAAUACUUGCAAAACAGGUAUUUGGCGAAUGAGCAAAGACCCCAUCUAGCUUUCAUGGGUCCGUAUGGAGAGGAACAGAAGUUUGACCUUGCACAUGGUGCCUCCUUUGACUUUGGAAAGGUUUGGAGAAAGCAGGUUGGAGAUCCACAGUCAUAUCACAAUGGAUGGAUUCUCAAUCUCGGUGAAAAGGUGCAAAGUGUCUCUUGGGCACCAUCCAAUACGCCAGACCAAUACCUCGCUGUCGCGUGUAGAAGCACAUCUACCCAACGAGGAUCUUCGCCCGAGCAGAAUCCUGGCGCACCUGCAUUCUCUGCAUCAUCUCCCUACCCUUCCAAUAUCCAAAUCUGGAAGUUCACUACAAAGGAAACCCGUUUUCCAGGACUGUAUACUCUUGACAUGACGCAGCGGCCUACUCUCGCUAUGGUGAUUGCAACCGAUUGGGGAGAGAAUCACCAAAUAAUUUGGCACCCACGUGAGAAUCUUACCAAUCUGCAAGAACAUGCCCAUGUCAACGGCGCUGAGUUUUGUGGUAUACUCGGAAUCCUGUCGAGCGAUGGAUGCGCCAGACUAAUAUCUAUCUCGAUUCUAAGUGACGCAAGUAGAAGCCAGCCGGUCAACGUUCGGGCACUGGGAGCUGGUUACGAGAUACCUCCACCCAAGGGCACAAUAUUCACCACUUUUUCAUUCGCCACGCCUUCAGAUAUCAUUCUGGGGGCUACUGACGGCUCCAUUCAUCUCUUUGACUUGACUGAAUCGACCCACCACAACGAGCCGCCCGCUAGUUUCCUGAGCUAUGCCCUGCACAGCACCUAUGUCAUUGCCGUGAGGGCAGCGUCACCAAGCCCACUGGCCCACUUUGUCUCGAGUGUUUCCGCAUCGGGCGAUUUGGUUCUAGUCGACCUCCGCAGCCCAGAACAAGAUCAAAUAUCAAUACAUCGAUCAUGCUUUCCCAAUCGCGAUCUAGUCUACUCCCCUCUGACCCGGUCCUUCAUCACAGCCCUGGAUAGAGCUGGAAACACACACAUCGAUUCCGGUACAUCGACAUACAUCAUGUGCUAUCACCUGCGCCAAUUCCACGUCAGUCAUCGAGUUGCGAAGAUGCCUGACUACGGGGGCACCGCCACAGCCCUGGCCGCAUCGCCAUGGCACCCAUGUAUCCUGGCGAGCAAUGCGCGAGGGACUGUCGUGGCGACCAACUUUCUGCGCAAGGUCCUUCCACAGACACGAAAAGACUUGCCGAAAGCCAAGAGCACUACCGGAGCAUAUCUGCAGAAAAUCUGUGAGUAUGAUUGGCGGCCAUUGACUGAGGAUGAGUUGAGAGAGGUCGGGAUUGAACUCUCCCAUGCAGACAGAGCGAAGUUUGACGGGCCACCUCAAAACCUGUACCACGGCCGCGACGUACGACCUGGCGCAUCGAGAUUCAGCGAAGGCUUCAAGCCCGAGAGAAUCCAUGUGGGACAUCCUACGGGCACGAGGAAGGAGUUGGCCAAGCUACAAGAACUGGGAGCUGCCGAGGCGACUUUCGAGGAUGAGCAGGCCGUCACCGUCAUGGAAUGGAACGUGAAUCGACACUGUGCGGGACUUGUUGCACUUGGGUGGGGGAGUGGUCUUUUGCGAGUCCAAGAUCUUGCCCAUGAUCUGGAGUAG